CUCUCACUUCUAGGAAGUAGAAAUCGCAGUUUCUGUUGAGUCUCUCUGAUUGUACAGCAUAGCUCUAGUCCGCACGCGGUAGCGGAGCAGAGAUGCAGGGGGCGACGACCAAGGCGAGCAACGGUGACCGCGGCGCGGUGAGGGCGGAGGUGAAGAGCCACGCCGGUGGCGAGGUCGGGGAGAUGGUGAAGCAGGGCGACGGCGCCGGUGCCAAGGUCGGGGCCAUACAUCACGGCAUGUCGUCCGUGGAGGCGAAGGACUCCCAGACCAUCGUCGCGCUGCAGUCGCCGGUGACCGUCAUGCGCCCUGUCCGCGGGGACCUCGAGGAGCACGUCCCCAAGCCAUAUUUGGCGAGAGCUCUGGCGGCGCCGGACAUCUACCACCCCGACGGCACCACGGACGGUCACAAGCACUACCAUCUGAGCGUGAUGCAGCAGCACGUCGCCUUCUUCGACCGCGACGACAACGGCAUCAUCUACCCCUGGGAGACUUACGACGGAUGCCGUGCGCUUGGAUUCAACAUGCUCAUGUCUUUCUCGAUCGCUCUCGUCGUGAACGUGACCAUGAGCUACCCAACUCUGCCCGGCUGGCUGCCGUCUCCUUUGUUCCCAAUCUACACCCACAACAUCCACAAGAGCAAGCACGGGAGUGACUCUGGGUCCUACGACAACGAGGGCAGGUUCAUGCCGGUAAACUUCGAGAACAUCUUCAGCAAGUACGCCCGCACGUCCCCUGACAGGCUAACCUACAGCGAGCUGUGGUCGAUGACCGAAGGGUUCCGGGAAGCGUUCGAUUUCUUCGGCUGGUUUGCGGCGAAGCUGGAGUGGUCGGUCCUGUACGUGUUGGCGAGGGACGAGGAGGGGUACCUGUCGAGGGAGGCCAUGCGGCGCAUGUACGACGGCAGCCUCUUCGAGUACGUGGCCAUGCAGCGCGAGCAGCACGCCAAGAUGUCCUAG